CGAGCAUGUGGGGAGGUUGUUUACACCAGUCCGGCCCCGGGAGCUUUAACCCGGCCGGCGGCGAGGCGCGGAGCGCGGGUCCCCGGACGCUCGUGUCCAAGAUGGCAAGCGUGCUGUCCAGGCGCCUGGGGAAGCGCUCUCUGCUUGGCACCCGUGUCUCUGCCCCUGACGCCUUGGCUGAUGGGGUGCUGGUGACCACCCACAUCCCUGGCUUACAGACUGACCUUGUCCGGGCAUCUGCCCACAUGGUGCUGCAAGAGGAUGGAUCCUGUGUGCCAGCAGUGGAGGAGAGCAACCAGGCACCCAGGUUCCCUGGCCACCGGCAGCUCUGUGCUGGACAGCAAGUCCUCCUUACCUACAGUGGGCAGGAAGCUGCAGGCCUUGCGGAGCAGCACAACCAGCUGAGCGAGAAGGUGAAGGUGCUGCUGCCGGAGCAGGGCUUGCAGACAUGCUGGAGGGCGCAGGACGUGCGGCCGGCCGCGCUGCAGCCCCCUGCCCUGCCUGCAGCCAGCGGUGCCAGCGCUGCAGAGGUGCUGCAGAGAUCUGUCUCCAGCAGCAUCGACGUCCCCAAGAGGAAAGCUGACGCUGCUGUGGAGAUGGAUGAGAUGGUGGCAGCCAUGGUGCUGACGAGCCUGUCCUGCAGCCCUGUGGUGCAGAGCCCUCCCGCUGGCGAGAGCGGCAUCCCCUCCUCACGGACUGCCUGCGACCCCUGGAAGGAGAGUGGUGACGUCUCUGACAGUGGCAGCAGCACCACCAGCGGGCACUGGAGUGGGGGCAGUGAUAUCUCCACCCCUUCUCCCCCUCAUCCUGCCGGCAGCCCCAAAUACACCAGCGAGGCACUGAGCUCUCCCCAGGCUGAUGAUGGUUUUGAGACCGACUCCGACCCCUUUCUCCUCAAUGAACCUGCCCCACGCAAGAGAAAGAACUCGGUGAAGGUGGUGUACAAGUGCCUGUGGCCAAGCUGUGGCAAGGUCCUGCGCUCCAUUGUUGGCAUCAAGAGGCACGUCAAGACUCAGCACCUUGGGGACAGUGUAGAUUCUGACCAGCACAAGCGGGAGGAGGAUUUCUACUACACUGAAGUGCAGGUGAAGGAAGAGACUGUGCCAGAGGUGGUGGCCACUGCCAGCCCCACAUCUGUGUCGGCUCCCAUCAUCAUCCAGCAAGCCCUUACAAAGCCAGAGGCACUACUGGUUGAGCAGCCGAUGCUGGAGCCCACCCUGGCCAGCAGCACCCUGAGCCAGUCAGCACCCAGCUCCUUUUGGCACAUCCAAGCUGAUCAUGCCUACCAGGCAUUGCCCUCGAUCCAAAUUCCAGUGUCCCCUCACAUCUUCACCAGCAUCAGCUGGGCCACUGCCACUUCGACUCUCCCAUCCCUGUCACCAGUGCGGAGCCGGUCGCUCAGCUUCAGCGAACCCCAGCCACCAACGACGAUGCUCAAGUCCCACCUGAUCGUCGCCUCACCCCCCAGAGUGGCCAUCAGCACCAGGAAAGUCCGCGGCGAAGCCAAGAAGUGCCGUAAGGUGUACGGCAUCGAGCACCGGGACCAGUGGUGCACAGCCUGCCGGUGGAAGAAAGCCUGCCAGCGCUUCCUGGACUGAAGGCAGCGCCGUGCUGCCGCGUCCCUCCCCUGCUCCUGCCUGGGGAGCACCGGAGUCCCUCACUGCUGCAACCAAGGACCUCGGAGGUACCUCCUGAGAGCCCAGAAGACGCCUCCAGAGCUGCGUGUCAAUUCCUCCUCCUGCCUGUUGUACGUCUGCUGGGUUCGCUCUGUUUGUACACACCUCUUGUUCCAGCGUCUCGGUUUCGUUUGGGUUUUAAACCUGAAGAAAUGUCUCCCCUUGUAGCUGGGGCUGGGAGGGAGGGAAGGAAGUGGCUUCCUUUUGGCUUCCAGGUGAGAUUGUAGGCAAUCUGGUGACCAAAGAGCUUCCUGCGUCUCCCAGAUCGGCCCUAAAAUCUCCUGAGCUAUCACAGCGUGGCUGGGGUGAGACGUCGAAGCAGCUCCCUUUGUCCUUUGACUACCUAGAAAGCACAAAUCCCUUGUGCCCUUCAAGGGAGGGGGUUGGUUAAUGGCUUUAAAUAAGCUAUUCAUUAAUAGCUUUAAAAAGGCAAAUGUGCUUUGAUUGCAAGUGGGGUGGGCUCAGUUCUUGGGGCAGAAAGUGGAGGUUUCUCUGCCCUUCUGCUCGCGUCAUGUCACACCAGCAACUCGAGCCUGCACAUGCCUCUGCUCUGUUCCAACAUGUCAGUUUUGAAGGCAUUUAAGGGAAAAGAAGAACCUCACUGAAGGCAUUUUUUAAUUGGGGAAACUAUGGGAAUUUCUGGAACAAAACCUGGUGCUCCUCACUUCAAGGCUUGAGGUCAGCUUAGCUCCCUGAAACAUCUACAACAUGGCCCUUGCUGUGUCUUUCAAAACCAGGCUGAGCAGGUUUGUUCAGUUAACGAUUCCACUAGUAAAGGCAGGAGGGAGGAGUGGGAAGGGCUUUCCCUUAGCAUCCAAGCACUUCAGUAUCUGCUGCAGAAUCCCACUGAGCCUGGUGGGAGUCACUUUUGGAUGUAAAGCAGGUAUUUACACGUCCCAGAUCCCCUGUCACCGUCACGGCUAUUCUGGCCUGCCGAGGUGUUGCACUCGAUGCCAAGCCACGUUGCCCUGUUGGCUUUUUCCCCUCACUAGGGCAGCAGCCAUUUGGAUUGGCAUCAUUUUUUGCUGUGCUUUUGAUAAUCAUAAGCCAGAACCCACAGCUGUUGAGUUGGGAGCAAUGCCUGCCCUGGGUGGUUUUAAGGACCCUCUUCCAUGACUCAACUUCUCAGAGCAAAUUAAGUGGCUCAGAGUCUAUUAUCACUCCUGGAUCACCAUGAGGCCUCUUGAAGGUGGGCAGGCAAAGCAGGUUGAGAUACACAUAUAUGUGCUCCUGGUGCUUGUCACUGUGUCUGGGUAUUGUUUGUGGUCUUCAUUUGUGAUUUUGUACAUCUUCAGCAUCCCACAACCUGAUCUUUAUCCUGGUAUCCAGCCAGCAGAUGGAAAACUUAGCUGCUGGAAAACCAGGAGCUAACGCUGCUGAGCAGGAUGCAACCCCUGUGGGGUUACAUCUAGGCAGCUCUAGCUCCAAUCCCAGGGAGGAGAAGAGGUUUUGUCCCUUGAGAGCUUCUCACUUUAGCUCCAAUCCCAGGGAGGAGAAGAGGCUUUGUCCCUUGAGAGCUGCUUGCUCUAGCUCCAAUCCCAGGGAGGAGAAGAGGUUUUGCCCCUUGAGAGCUGCUUGCUCUAGCUCCAAUCCCAGGG